GAAUUUAGAUAUUCUAUGAUGAUGUCAUUGUCAAUGUAGCAAAUGAGAAUUAUUUCAGCAAACUUGUGAAUUUAUACAGAAUUUAUUUAAUACAUUGAUGUAAACUCUCAAUAAAGACUGUUGCUGAAAAUGGCUGCAAAGUCAAACGCUGUACCACUGACACGCACUCGAACUGCUGUUUGGCUGAUUGGUCAACCUGAAAAGGACCUACCGAGUAAUGUCCUUCCGACAACGGGCGAUGUUCUUCGUACAUUUUUCCAUUACCACAAAACAAUAAAACAGACAGUAUCUGCCAGUGCAAAGUCAACCUCAUCUGAUUUGGUAAAAAUUUGGAGCAAGGCACGGAUACCAAUGACCUAUCAACCACAUAUCGUGUCAAAGGUGAAGGUAUGCUUUGAUGAAUACAGUUUGAUCAAGAAGAAUAAAGGAAGAGAAAGUGAAUCACAGCUAGCUAGAGAAAAAGCAUUUAAAGACAAACUGAAUCUACUCUUUGAUAUUGCUCACAAAGAUACAGGUACAUUAAUCAAAAUCGAUGAAGACAAGCUGUUUUUGGAGGAUCAGCGGAACAACUAAUUGGGAGAAACCUUCUAUA